AUGAGUUGUAUGCUGUGCUUUGGCCGCUCGCAUUACUUCAAGUAUAUGUGUCCCGCUGACUACCAGCCGCCGCCGGUGGCGCCCUCUGACGACUACCUGCCGAUGAGCCGCGCCCCAGCGCUGGACAACCCGGAGUACUACCACAUGGCGACGAGCUCGGAGGGCGGCGGCGGCGGCGGCGGCGAGCCGUCGCCGCCGCCGCCGCUGGCGCCGCCCAAGCCGCCGCGCCAGCCGGCCGCCGAGCAGACCUUCUCCGGCGAAUACCUGUACACGCGGCUGGAGCGGCCGCCGGUGCCGCCGCCGGUGGCGCGUGCGCCGCCGCGCGCCGCGCCCCGGCCCUCGCCGUACGACAACGUGCCGGUGGGGAGGCGCGGCUCGCGGCCGGCCGACGCCGCCGCCGCCGCUGCUGCUGCCGCUGCCGUCACCGCCGCUCAGCCGGCGCCGCUGACCGAGGAGGAGCUGGCGCAGCGGCACAGACAGGUGGCGGAGGAACGCGAACGAACCGAGGCACUCGACCAGCUGGAGCAGUCGCGGCUGGACGAGAUCCUCAGCAUGUGUGCCGAAUACGACAGCCAGAUGGCGGCGGUGCCGACGCCGGCCGGUCGGCCGCCGGACUCGCCGGCGCCGGCGCAGCGCAGGAUCAAGACGAACGGCUCGCUUCCGCGCGACAAGCGCCUGGGCUCGCCGGGCCCGGUGACGCCACCCGAGGCGCGCCGCCGCUCCCUCUCCGACGACGAGCCAACCGCCGCCGACCCGGCCGCCCUGCGCAGCCCCUACGAGAACGUCAGCUUCGCAGGCUACCCGCAGAGCCCUCGCACCCGUAUCCGCACCACGCUGCAGCGCGAGCGCCAGGAGGCGGCGGCGGCGGCGACGGCGCGGGAGGCGAGCCCGCCGGCGGCCGGCGCCGUCUACAUGGUGCCGCCGCCGCCGGUGCCGGUGCCGCCGCCGCGCCAGCCGGCCUCCCAGAACGGCGACGAGCGGCACAGCCUGCAGUUCGAGAACCGGGAGUACAUGCAGGGCCUGCCGCUGGACCCGAGCUUCCAGCAGGACGACCUCAUCUUUCUGCCGGCUGUCGGCGGCGGCUACGUGAACACGGGUAUGGACGAGGAGACGUGCCGGGCGGCCGAGGCGGCCAGCGCGCGCGCCCGCCUCGGCCGACAGCCAGGCGGCGACGAGCCGGCGGCGCGGCUCGGCCGGCCGGACGAGGCGCACCGCGUCAGCUGGCGGGACGAGCUGGACGGCGACGAGCCGGGCCGCCAUAGCCGCUCGUUCAGUGACACCACUGACGACGAGCGCGAGAUGUGCCGCCGGCUCAAGGACCAGAGGCGGAUGACGUACCGACAGCUGUCGGAGCUGCGCCAGGAGAAGCUGAACCUGGAGCAUCAGGAGUCCGAGUCCAUCAGACAGCUGGAGAUGGAGCACGCGCUGCUGGAGGGUGAGGUGGAGACACACCUGGAGCGGCUGCAGGGUCCGCUCGCGUCCAGUUGCGUUUGA